AUGUUCGUUGAUUUCCUUCAUUGUAAUUUGUGUUUUGGUUAUUCGACCCCGUCCUCUUCAUCAAACAACAAUGAAGACAAACUACGGUUUUGGUUGACAGAAUGUGGACAUAUGAUUUGCCAAGCUUGUUAUAACAAAUCCUCUGAACCUAGUACAGAUAACAGCAAUGCCUCGAACUCUAAGGAUUCUAAAGAACGUGCUUGUCCGGUUUGCCAAGCGAAAAGUACUGUAGUUGAAUUGACCGAUAAGCUUCCCAACAAUCUAAACAUUUAUUUUCGACCACCCAAUGAAUUAUUAGACGAAGCGGCUGAUGCCUUGAGAUUUCAACAUAGUAAUCUCUACGGAUUACUGAAUUUUCUAAAAGAUAAAGUAAACAAACAAAAACAAGUUCUUGAUAAAGCCAAAGAAGAGCUUAUCAAACACAAAGAAAUUAAAAAUCAGUUGCAAGCUCUCAAGGAAGAAAACAAACGCUUAAAAGCCGAAUUACAAGAGGCAAGAACUGGCGGAAUUAAUAUUAGUGCUGAAUCCAAAGAGCCAUCUUCCACAUCAAAAGAAACACCAUAUUAUAGUCCACGAUCGCUCGAGUCAUCAUCUUCAAUAAAAAAUCGAAAUGGUCCUUAUAUUUCUCCGAAGCAGUCACGUCUUCCAAAAACACCCAAUCCACCUUCACGUCUAUCACUUCCCUCGUCAUCAACGUGUUCUAUCUCGCCGGCACAACCGUCAUCGAUGAUGUGGAAUAAUGGAGUUGGAGAAUACCAAGGAUUUGAUGGAGGCGGUGCAGCGGUUGAUGUGCAAGGACCUAAUAUUAAUUCACUUGCACUUCAAAAUCAGGUACUAUCGACUCCGGCGAGAUAUAAUCAAACAUAUGUGGCAUCAACGCCAUUAAACAACAGUCACCUGGAGAGGUUUAAUCAAUCUGAAUAUUCAAGAAAUCUAUUUUCUCAGCAGACCAGUGGACCACCACCUACUACAUUCUCCCGUCCUGGAACAUCAGCAAGAACUCGUAUGUCAUGGAACUCACUACAUGGAAGUGGUCGUGGAGGAGGUGUGGGUGGUGUUGGGACCUCCGGACGACCUAGCACAGCGCGAAUAAAUACACUUGCUCCUAGGCUAACUACGCCUAGCUUUGCCGCUGUUCCGUCAACACCGAUGAAUAGUUCAGGUCAAUAUCAAUAUCCGUCGAAUUCUGAACAACAGCAGUCAAUGCUUGGACCUGGACCACCUCCCAGGACUCCUAUGACUAGAAAUAGAAACGCAUUGCCAGGCUUUAUGAACGGAGAUGGACAACAGCAAUGGAGAUAG